AUGCCAUCACAUCAGCGGGAAGAGGUUGACCCAUCACUUCAAGCACUUGAAUCCCGCCAGGAGGAGAUCCUGAAACGCCUGUAUGAGCUGAAGAGUGCUGUUGAUGGGCUCUCAAAAAUGAUACAAACCCCAGAUGCUGACUUUGAUGUAACCAAUAUAAUUCAAACUGUUGAAUGUUCUCCUCUGACAACAAAUGGAGCAGAUUUAGAUUUGAUGCUUGGAAAGGAUUAUGGUGCCCUGAAAGACAUUGUAAUCAAUGCAAAUCCUUCUCUGCCUCCGCUGUCAUUGUUAGUGCUGCACAGCCUGCUUUGUGAACGCUACAAAAUAUUAUCAGCUGUUCACACACACUCAUCGGUGAGAACCGUGCCAGAAAACCUCUUGAAAUGCUUUGGAGAGCAGAUGAAGAAGCAGCCACGUCACAAGUAUCAGUUGGGCUUUACUCUUAUUUGGAAGGAUGUUCCCAAGCCCCAGAUGAAGUUUAGCAUUCAAACAAUGUGCCCUAUUGAAGGAGAGGGCAACAUUGCCCGAUUUCUCUUUUCCCUGUUUGGCCAGAAGUACAAUGCAGUUACUGCGACUCUGAUUGACAGCUGGGUGGAUACAGCCAUCUUCCAGCUCAAAGAAGGCAGCAGCAAGGAAAAAGGAGCAGUCCUGCGAUCGAUGAAUGCUGCCCUGGGCAAGACCUCCUGGUUGGUGGGAAAUGAACUGACUGUAGCUGACAUCGUGGCGUGGUGCGCGCUCCAGCAGACGGGUGCUGCCAACGCUGCCCCGGCCAACGUGCAGAAAUGGAUGAAGUCCUGUGAGAACCUGGCACCUUUCACCUCUGUGAUGAAGCUACUGAAGUAAGCCUGUACUUGUGAUAAUGGCGUCAUUUGUUAUCUCAUUCCACCUCAUGCCU